AAACUUCUCAGUGAUAAAAGGUAUGAAAAUGAGAGCUUCUCUCAUCAGAACCGGUUCCGUCCCGGUCCAGAAACCCGUCCUUCCCGGUUCACCGCGAGUCUCUCUCUCGCGCCAACCCUCCCUCGCCGGCAACAAGAACCACGUUCAAUCGCCCAGGCUUUCGCUGCAUUUCCACUCCAACGGCCGCAAGGACACGCCGGCGAACGGGAUCAACAGAGCGUUAUCGGAAGCCGCAGCGAUACGGUCCGCGAGCGAGAAUUUCGGCGUUCGCCGGAAUCUGAAUCGAACCGGAGCGCGCUCUUUUACGGAGAGCGGGAUUCCGGUGGAGGAACUCGGAUUCGGCUGCGGAGCAGGCGACGGCGGUGAUCACGGGACGGCGACGGUCACCGGCUGGAACGGUGGUGAGCGAAUUAAAAUCGGCGCGUACUAUGAGGAGAUGUUGAAGUCGAACCCAACGGAUGCGCUUCUGCUGAGAAACUACGGGAAAUUUCUUCACGAGGUGGAGAAAGACACGGUGAGAGCAGAGGAAUAUUACGGAAGAGCGAUUCUAGCGAACCCUGGAGAUGGCGAUCUGCUUUCUCUGUACGGUAAGCUGAUAUGGGAAACAGAGAGAGAUGAAGAAAGAGCCAAAUCUUACUUUGAUCAGGCAAUUCAUGCUGCUCCUGAUGAUUGCACGGUGCUGGGAUCCUAUGCACACUUUAUGUGGGACGCGGAGGAGGAGGAGGAAGAGGAAGUUAACGGUGGAGGAAUAAUGGGGAAAGCGGAGGAAUCGGCUGCGGAACUGAUCGCUGCUUUUUAAUAGCUAGCAAUUUAGAGGGUUUGAGGAUGCCGUUUGUGUUAUAUUUCUAACUGGCAUUGGAUGUGAAGGUUACACGAUAACAAUAAAUGGUCUUGUUAGUUUGACUUGAUGUGUCUAACUGAAAGGUCCAACCCUUGAAGACGACGAGACGAGAGACUGAAGGGGAAACCUUUGUGUGUCUUUUUCUUUUUCUUUUCUUGUUCCUUCUUUUUGUCCUACCAUGUAAAAUCAACUCUUCUUAGUAUUUCGGUGACAUAUAUGAUAUAAAGGGUAUAGAGUUGUAAAUUUUUGUUAAUGCAGUACUAAUUUUC